AAUUGUCUAUCUGCGCAAGCGCAGUGGUGUGUGUGCGGUCUAAAGGUUUCUGCUUUUCAUCCUUACUGGGUCUCCAGGGGUCCAGAUCUCAGAGAUCACAUACAAGUGGUAUGUGAGAAAUUCCAUCCUAAUGGGUUUGGAAGCUACAAAGAUGAAUUUGUUUUCCUCCUGACUUCAUUUUUGUCCAUCAGUUCUCAAGAUUCUGCUCUUCCCAAAGAAAGAAAAAUUAAGGAAAAAGAAGGAAUGAUUUCUAGAACCUUAACAGCUAGAUCCCAGAUCCUGACCUUCCAAGAUGUGACUGUAGACUUCACUCGGGAGGAAUGGAAGCUGUUGGGCCCUGCCCAGAAGGACCUGUUUAGGAGAGUGAUGCUGGAGAACUAUGAGAAUUUUGCCUUCCUGGCAGAACUUUCAGCUUUCAAACCCAGUAUCAUCUCUGAACUGGAAAGAACAGAAACACUAUGGAUGCAAGAGGAAGAAACUAUAUUUUCUUUUGAAGAUUCCUUUAUUCAGAAGACAAGAUGUGAGACUAAGAAGUCAACUCCAAAGCAGGGUAUCUGUAUAGGAGGAUCUUCCAAAGAAAGAAUUACAGAGAAUGGUCCCUGGGAUUCCACGUUGGGAGAAGCAUGGGAUAAUGAUGUCUGGUUAGAGAGGCAAAGAGGAAAACAGGAGAAGCAAUCUAGGCAGGUGGCUACAAGUCAUAAAUGGAAUAUAUUUGGUAGACAACUUGUUUUGGGGGCAAAUCUUGAAAAUGAGAGAGUUCCUACAGGAGAAAGUCUCCCCAAGUCUAAUAGAGUUGGAAAGAGUUUCAAACAAUUUUCAGAUCUUAUUAAACAUAAUAGAACCUCCUUAGGGAAAAAACGUCAUAAGCAUAAUAAAUACAGAAAGCCUUCCAGUUAUCAGUCAAAACUUAUUCAUUACCACAAAACAAAUACUCAUAGUAAUAAGUGUAAUGAAUCUGGAAAACCUUUCAGAAAUAUCUCUUGCUUUACUAUAUGUCGAAGCAAUCAUAUAAGAAAAAAACUAUAUGAGUGUACUGAAUAUGGGGAAAAGUUCAACCAGAAAGGAAACCUUAAUGCUCAUAUAGAAACUCAUAUUGGAGAGAGACACUUUGAAUGUAAUGCAUGUGGAAGAGGGUUCAGAUACCAUUCAUAUCUUGUACAGCAUCAAAUAAUCCACACUGGAGAGAAACCCUAUAUAUGUAAUCAGUGUGGAAAAGCAUUCAACCGAAAAGGAAGCUUAAGUAGACAUAAAAUGACUCAUACUGGAGAGAAACACUUUGAAUGUAAUGAAUGUGGAGAAGGAUUCAGAUAUAGAUCAUUCCUUGUGCAGCACCAGAAAAUUCAUACUGGUGAGGCACCCUAUAAAUGCAAUGAAUAUGGAAAAACCUUUAGCCAGAGGCAAAGCCUUAAUUUACAUGAAAUAAUUCAUCCUGGUGAGAAACUAUUUAAAUGCAGUGAAUGUAGAAAAACCUUUAUCCUGAAGGGAGAGCUUAUUAAACAUAUGAGAAUUCAUACUGGAGAAAAACCCUAUAAAUGUGGUGAAUGUGAAAAAACCUUCAGCCUGAGGGGAUGCCUUAAGGCACAUAAGAGAAUUCACACUGGAGAAAAACCCUAUAAAUGUAAUGAAUGUGGGAAAGCCUUCAGGCAAGGGGGAGGUCUUAGUGCACAUAAGAGAAUUCAUACUGGAGAGAAACCUUUUAAAUGUAAUGAAUGUGGAAAAGCUUUCAGCCAGAAGGGAAACCUUAAAACACAUAAGAGAGUGCAUAUGGGUGAAACACCCUUUGAAAAGAAUGAAUGUGGAAAAGUCUUCAACAGAAAGAGAAAUCUAAAUAAAAGUAAAAUAACCCAUAAUGGAGAGAAACCCUUUGCUUGUAAGGAAUGUAACAAAAGCUUCAAGUACAGCAUAUUCCUGGUAGAACACCAGAGAGUUCAUACUGAUGAGACUCCCUAUAGAUGCAAUGAAUGUGGCAAAACCUUCAAUCAGAAGAGACGCCUUAGGACACAUAAAAUAAUUCAUCAUAGUGAGAAACUCUUUAAGUGCAAUGAAUGUGGAAAAGCCUUCAGCAUGAAGGGAGAUCUUAAUAAACACAUUAGAAUUCAUACUGGAGAAAAACCAUAUAAAUGUAAUGAAUGUGAAAAAGCCUUCAGUCAGAGAGGAGGACUUUAUACACACAAAAGAAUUCAUACUGGAGAAAAACCCUAUACAUGUAAUGAAUGUGGAAAAACCUUCAGGCAGAGGGGAGGCCUCACUGCUCAUAAGAGAACUCACACUGGGGAGAAACCCUUUAAAUGUAAUGAAUGUGGAAAAGCCUUCAGCCAGAAGGGAAAUCUUAAAACCCAUAAGAGAAUCCAUACAAAUGGUUUGCCCUUUGAAUUUAAGAAAUGCAAAAAAAGUGUUUGUCAAUAAUCCAUGCCCAAUGACAUCAGAUAAUUUUUGCUCAUGCAAGAAAGCUUUAAGUCAGAGGAUAUUCCUUAAUGAACACAGGAUAAUUCCUAUGGAAGAGAAAACUUUUCAGUGUAGUGUGGAAAAAUUUUCAAAUGAAACGGAAACCUUAUACGAUAUUAGGGAAUUGUUACUGUAGAAAAAAACCUUUUGAAUAUACUGAAGGUAGAAGAUCCCAAAGUCCAUACUUUAUUGCACAUAAUAAAAUUCAUGGUGGAGAAAACUAUUGACUAUCAAAAUGAAUAUUCAGGCACAGCUCACCAUGAAGCAGAAGAUCCAUACUGAAAAGAAAGCUAAAUUUUCAGGAUAAUAUACGAUGGGAAAGUUAUUAAUUGAAGUAUUAAUUUGAAGCAUCAGGAGAGGUUUUAUUUACCAAUUAAUUUGAGUUUUUCCAACCAUACAAGUCAAACAACCAAAGAAUUAUUUAAUAGAAUUAACUAGAAAAAAUAAAAACAAUUCAUAUAGAGGGGGGAAAAGGU